UAAAAUAAAUGUAAAUCUACUAAUAGUAGAGAGCAACAGAUGCCUUACACUACAUGUAAUGUAAAGUUAAAAAGGAGUCAAAUGUCCCUCAUGAUCAUCAUCAUAGUAUAUGUCUUCCAAUUCACUCCUAUUUCUUAUUCUUUCAUAUUCUCUUUCACUCUUCACCCUUAGCUUAACUCCUCACUCAACAACUAACUCAACAACAUUUCCCACCUCCUACCUCCCCGGCCCCUUUAUAAGCCUUCAUCUCCGGAUGUACGCGAUUGAUCCAUCAUGUCCCAAUUCAAGCGGAAGAAACUCUUCAAGAACCUAGGCUUAGGCUGUGGCUGCGCCUCCACCACCAACUCCAAUGCUACUCAUGUCUUCGAGCCCAAACCCAUACCCAAACUCAAGCCUAGACCAUCCACUCUUUCCUCUUCCAAUGAUGGAGAGACUUAUAGCUCCAUCUCCCCAUCCACCUCUUCCAUGCUCUCAUCUAAUUGGCAGAGUUGCAAUAGUGAGAAUAUAGAUAAGAAAAUGAUUACUGCGACGGCCUCUGCCUCAGCAACAUCACCAUCAGUUUCAAGAAGAUGGAAUAAUAUGGGUGAUCAGCAAACUACUGACAAUAUUAGCACUACUGCAGUGGUGAUGGAGUCUGAGAAUCCUUACGAUGAUUUCCAACAGUCAAUGUUGGAAAUGAUAACAGAGAAUCAGAUAUUUUCUGCAGAAGAACUCCUUCAACUUCUCCAUUGCUUCCUAAGCCUUAAUUCUCCUGCUCAUCACCAUCUCAUCCUUUGCGCCUUCUUCCAGGUUUCUCAGUAUGCCAUCGUUUCUUCCUCAAAAUAAAAAUCCUCCAAUAUAUAUUGCAUGGAGUACUAUGUCAUAUCCCACACCAGGCCAUGAAUUACAUAUACUGGUAUAUACAUCCUAUCCUUAUAUCACGGUCAUCUUCGGCCCGUUGAUAUAAGCUACAAUGAUUUAGCUUGUUAACAUAUUGAUUUACAAGGAUUAUCAUGCAUGUGAAUAAAAGCUUAUUCAAUACAU